AUGCCAUCUCCUCAAUGGUCCGAACAAUUUGGAUCAGUUAGCCAUUUAGGGGUAAAUUCAGAAUCUGCUACUACAAAUAAAUUUCAAAUUAAUUAUCUUCUUUUACCCAAUUUUAUAAUUCAUAUUGUUGGAUUAGCUGCUUUGUGGGCACUUUGGUAUUAUUUAAGAUAUCACCACAGAGUUUUUUAUUGUCGAGAUGUUUAUGUUUCUUAUCCACUCCUUUAUUUGCUUGCCUUUUUAAUUCCUCCUAUUGUUUUAUUAACUGGUUAUCAACGUCCAUAUUUCCUUUCUUUAUGCAAUGUUUCACUAGCUUCAUGUACAGCUCCAUUAGAGCAUUCACCUUCUCCAUCCCCACAUUUAGCUUGUAAUUAUCGAAAUGCAGAUGGUAAUAAAUAG